GAUUGGAUAUUCGAAGGAAGCAGAGAGCUAAAGUUUUGGAGCUUCAAAAGAAAAAAAACCCUUUUCUUUCUUUGUCUUCUUUGUAUAUUACAGAGAGCUACAGUGGUCCAAUCUUCAAUCUUCAAUGGAUAUUUCUAUGAAAAGAAGAACCCUGCUUAAGGUCAUUGUCCUUGGAGAUAGUGGGGUGGGAAAGACGUCUUUGAUGAAUCAAUAUGUGUACAAGAAGUUCCAUCGACAGUAUAAAGCUACGAUCGGUGCUGAUUUCGUCACGAAGGAACUUCAGAUUGAUGACAAGUUGGUGACUUUGCAAGUUUGGGACACAGCGGGGCAAGAAAGAUUUCAUAGUCUUGGAGCUGCGUUUUAUAGGGGAUCCGAUUGCUGUGUUCUUGUGUAUGAUGUGAAUGUGAGCAAAUCAUUUGAAACACUUCAGAACUGGCAUGAAGAGUUUCUCAAACAGGCUGAUCCGACUGACCCCGAGGCAUUUCCCUUCGUAUUAAUUGGAAACAAAAUCGAUGUAGAUGGUGGAAACAGCCGAGCGGUUUCUGAGAAGAAGGCUAGAGAGUGGUGUGCUUCAAAGGGAAACAUACCCUAUUUUGAGACCUCUGCGAAAGAGGAUUAUAAUGUCGACGAAGCGUUUCUAUGUAUUGCAAAAACAGGAAUGAUCAAUGAACAUGAACAAGACAUUUACUUCCAAGGUAUUUCAGAAAGUGUUUCAGAAGCAGAGCAAAGAGGAAGCUGUGCAUGCUAA